AGGCUGUUGAGAACUGCGAAUUUCGCAUUUCGCACUUCACUCGUGGCCUUUGACGAGGAGUCGAUGCUAUCUACACCCAGCUUUCGUCGUUUGUUUCAGCCUGGCGUCAACAAAUUUUUUGGGUCUACCCGUUCGUUGCAUUUUGCUGUUCGUUGCCACCAUGCAUCCGAAACCUAGCCGCGCAAGAGCUGCACGGCAUGUCGACAGGCCAAGCUGGCUUGUGAUGCACGCCACAAAUCUACUGGAGUCUCGUGUACGAGGUGCAGCAAGCGCGGGCUACAAUGUCGGUUCGAUUCCAAUUUCAAAAGAAUUCCAACAAGAAAUAUCGUGGAGGCUAUCACCAACCGUAUUGAACUCCCGCAACCAGCCCUUGGUGAAUCAAGUUCGGCUCAGUUGACCAUGUCUCAAGGACCCUGCAUGUCCUUUUCAACCUGCACGCGCUCCUCCAGCCCGUCUUCUCAUACUGACUCGCAAUUUUCCACGGCACCAAUCGGCGCUACUCAAAACGCUCCUGCAGAUGCAUCAGACGCCCCCACCGUGAUCGGUUCUGGCGAUAUGUUCGAUGCUGAAUUCAUGGACCCCUAUGGGUAUAUUUUGAGCACCGAUCCGUCCUUGAUGGUUGAUAACUUGGAGGACCCAUGCUUGAGGAUUUCGUGACCUCCCCCCAAUGUCACAGACAUCAAUGCAUAGACGUCUAUAUAAAGUCCUGACUAGUCCCAGUUGGAUAUUUAAAUAACCAUUAUUAUCCAUGAUACACUUUCCCCAUCUCAGUUCAAUUACUCAUGAGUCUGUCUCAUAGACCACUCCUGGCUUUAUCCUGAAGUGGUGGUUCUUCCCCCCGCUCCUUAUGCAGACUGGAAAUUGGUAACGCACAACGACUUACAGCGGAAUAUCUGGCAUAGCCAUGUAUCUAUAUAGCCUGGUCUUUUUACCGAUCACGGCUGUUGCCGCCAUAUCCGUUGGUAUCCUGAGACGAAACUCAAGCGACACGUGAUCUGCUAAUAGGUGCCGCUUUUAUAGGAC